CUGACCAGAUGUCACUCAAGACAAGACGGCUCCGCCCCUUUCAACAUGGCGCUGCACUCAAUGCGGAAAGCGCGUGAGUGCUGGAACUUCAUCCGGGCACUUCAUCAAGGACCCGACGCUGCUCCCGUUCCCCAGAAAGAUGCUGUGAAGCGAAUAUUCUCGGGCAUUCAGCCUACAGGAAUCCCCCACCUCGGCAACUAUCUGGGAGCCAUUGAGAGCUGGGUGAGGUUACAGGAUGAGCAUGACUCCGUGAUGUAUAGUAUUGUUGACCUACAUUCCAUCACUGUCCCCCAAGACCCAGUCAUCCUCCGGCAGAGCAUCUUGGACAUGACUGCUGCUCUCCUCGCUUGUGGCAUAAACCCAGAGAAGAGCAUCCUUUUCCAGCAAUCUCAGGUGUCUGAGCACACACAAUUAAGUUGGAUCCUUACCUGCAUGGUCAGAUUACCUCGAUUACAACAUUUACACCAGUGGAAGGCAAAGACUGCCAAGGAGAAGCAGAAUGGAACCGCGGGGCUGCUCACAUACCCGGUGCUCCAGGCAGCUGACAUUCUGUUGUACAAGUCCACACACGUUCCUGUUGGGGAGGAUCAAGUCCAGCACAUGGAGCUAGUUCAGGAUCUAGCACAGAGUUUUAACAAGAAGUAUGGGGAGUUCUUCCCAGUACCCAAGUCCAUUCUGAGUGUUUUGUUAUUUUGUUUACAUCUCCCCCCCGCCCCCACCCCAACCCGGGACGUGUGUUGGUGUUUCUACCUAGCAUCAAUGAAGAAGGUAAAGUCCCUGCGUGAUCCCUCUGCCAAAAUGUCAAAAUCAGACCCCGAUAAACUGGCCACUGUCAGAAUAACCGACAGCCCGGAGGAGAUAGUGCAGAAGUUCCGCAAGGCUAUGACGGACUUCACCUCGGAGGUCACCUACGAGCCCGCCAGCCGAGGGGGCGUGUCCAACCUGGUGGCCAUUCACGCAGCGGUGACCGGGCUCCCCGUGGAGGAGGUGGUCCGCCGCAGUGCUGGGAUGGACACUGCUCGUUACAAGCUGGUGGUGGCAGAUGCUGUGAUUGAGAAAUUUGCUCCAAUUAAGAGUGAGAUUGAAAAACUGAAGAUGAACAAGGACCACUUAGAGAAAGUUUUGCAAGUUGGGUCGGCAAAAGCCAAAGAGUUAGCAUAUCCCGUGUGCCAGGAGGUGAUGAAAUUGGUGGGCUUUCUAUAAGAAGUUUCAGUGAGUCCCCAAAAGACUUUUCUAUCUUGUGGUCUGUGCACUCCGAUAAAAGCAGCUUUUCUCACAAGCAAACAAUUAGAGUUUAGGGACACAUAAUUUGGUACAUCUGAUCAUUGGUUUCAUUUGAUGAAUAAUGAUUUGUAGGUUUCAAAUGAAGCAGUGUUCCGAAUCCCAAAUUCUCUAGCAAAAAAAAAAAAAAAAAAAGCCCAGAAGGCAUAACUAUCUGAAUCCUCAAUUAUUUGAUGCAUGCUCAUUGCCUUAAUUUAUUCACACAAAUGUGAUUGAGGUAAGUAGUAGUUAAUUUGGCCAAUGAGUGUUUCAUUUUUUUGCCUCUCUCUGGAGUCCUUACCAUCACAGGUGCUCCCUUUAUCUAUCCCAACCUUUUUAAAAAGUAAUGUGUAGAAGUCUUAGACUUAUAAUCCUUGGAAUGCCAUUUGGACCAAUUUGUGUUCAGAUCUCAUAUCAGAGCUCAUAAAAAUAAGUCAUUUGUCACUGAGAUGAUCCCUGCUUUAUUGUAUUUAAUCUGCUUAUUUCCCAAGAGACCAUACUGAUUUUUUUUCUAGAAAGUAUUAUUAUUAUAUUUUUUAUUCAGAGAUACAUGAUAUAACCUUCUGAGAAGGUUGAACUAUUUCAACUUGAUUUAUUUAUUGUACUAAAGCCCAGGUCCAUGGAUUAUGUUCUUAAUAUGUAUUGCCUUGCAUUUGUCCCUCAGUUUAAUGUCAUCAACCCAUCAUGAAAUCUAUAGGAGAGGAACUGCCAUUUUAUAUCUGAGGAACAUGAGGCUCAGAGAGUGCUGUUAGCUUGUACAGUAUCUCUCCAUGUGUAAGAAGCAAAUCCAAGAUCAAAACCUUUACUCCUUAUUCCUAAGUAGUGCUUUUUACAUCAGCACAUAGAGAGGCAGCAUGUUUGAGACCGCAAGCAUUCUUAUUUUGAAGGUGAGUACUAGAAAUAUAGGACUCCCCAGGUGGCCCAGUGGUAAAGAACCCUCUUGCCUAGGAAAUCCCAUGGACAAAGGGGCAUGGUGGGCUACAGUCGUUGGGGUCAAAAAAGAGCUGGACACAACUUAGCAAAUAAACAACAACAACUGGAAAUAUAAGACCUGAACUACUGAUACUGUUUAUAUCAGCAAAUCAACUAAUAGCUGCUAGAUGUAAAUCUGGACUCAGCCAAACUUGAUCACAUUUGCUACUCAGAAUCCCCAAGGCAGGUCCCUAGUUUUGGCUCCUUAUGCUUACCUUAGAAACAUUUCAAAGUAAUUCUGCCUGACUGCAAGAGUGGUUGGCCUGAGAAUACCCUGGCAGUCCAGUGGUUGACUCCAAGCUUUCACUGCAGGGGUCACGGUUUCGAUCCCUGGUUGGGGAACUAAGAUCCCACGUGCUAUGUGGCACAAUCAAAAAAAAAAGUAGUUGGCCCGAUGAGUUGGAUUUCCCCAUUGAGUGGAAGCUUCUCAUCUCACAUCUGCUUCAGUCUAAGUAGUAGCAAGUCGCUCUAAAACCUAGCUUCUCUGCACUUCCCUUUCCCACAUCUGAAAAUGGAAAUGAUAAUUGUGCUUCACCACACCAGGGCCUGAUUGAUUUUGUAACAGAAAUUGCUUAUAAGUUUUUUAUCAGUGAGUACCAUGUUCACCAUUUACACAUGAGAGAUGAGCAUGCUGGGCAAAGAAUUUUUACUCGCAUUUCUUAAAGAGAAGGAAAUAGAGUGGUCCUUUUAUCAGAGUAGAUGUUAAUACACCUAACACUGCCUCCCAGAAUCUGAAUUAAAAGAUCCUUUUUGCAUCUUUUCUUGAAAAGGGGUGUCUAGAGUCUUAGAGCCUCCUGGCAUAUUUAUCCAAGGCUCUUUUUUUUUGCCUUUAAAAGAAAUCCUAGUAUGAAUCCUGAAAAAUGACUAAAUUAAAGGUGGAUCUGUCA